GCAACAAUGGGCCAAGAAGCCUCCAAACCGAAACCCGGUACCCGCCUCCAAGUAAUCGGCGCAGGCCUCCCCCGCACCGGAACCGCCUCCCUCACCAAAGCCCUCGAAAUCCUCCUCUCUGACGACGACAGCGACGGCGGCGGAAGCGGUGCAGCCGCCGGUGCCCCCGUCCACCACGGCGGCACUCAACUCACCCGCGGCCCGGAAUCUGAAAUCCGCUCCUGGAUUACCUGCCUCUCCCACACGCCCAUCCGCACCGCCGCCGACGAAAAAAUCGUCCUCGACACUCUCCGCAACCACUUCCAUGACGGCUUCGCGGCAGUCGUUGACGUCCCCGGAAUGCUCUUCACUGAGGAACUCGCGGCGCUGCACCCCGACGCCCUGGUCAUCUGUACCGUCCGCGACCCGGAGGCGUGGGUGCGGAGUAUCCGGCAGACGGGACAGCGGAGCCUGCAGGUCUUUCUGUCGUUUGCGCUGUUUUGGCUGCCUACGAUGAGGUGGUUUCCGCGGUAUAUCGAUGCGAUUCCCCAUGGUCGGUGGGGGGAGUUGUUCCCCCCGGAAGAAGAAGGGGACGGGGUGCUCCCUACGCGACGGGUGUGGGAUUUGCAUCAAGCUUGGGUGAGGAGGGUUGUGGACGAGGAGAGGUUGGUGUUUUAUGAUGUUAAGGAGGGGUGGGGGCCGUUGUGUGAGGCGUUGGGGAGGCCGGUGCCUGGGGUGCCGUUUCCGAGAGUGAAUGAUGGGGAUGCAAUUGAUGAGUUUGCGAAAGAGCAGAUUAUCAAAGGGUUGGUGAGAUGGGUUGUGGUG